GCCCCGGGGACGCCAAGAUGGCGGCGGCGCGGCGGCUGUGCGCGGCGGCGGGGCUGGGCGGGCGGUUCUGUCAUAUGCUGUUAAAAGAUCAUAAUGUGACAACUCAACAGCCUUUCCACCAGCUUCUGCAAAAGAAACCAUCCCUUCCAUCUGCAGUGUGGCAUCGUGCAGUAAGAGGCAUGUUUAUUCAAACUCAGGACACACCAAAUCCAAAUAGCUUGAAGUUUAUUCCAGGAAGGGAAGUGCUGGAGUCGAGGACUAUGGAGUUUUCCACACCAGCUGCAGCCUAUUGCUCACCUUUAGCAAGACAGUUAUUCCGGAUUGAGGGAGUUAAAAGUGUUUUCUUUGGGCCAGACUUCAUCACAAUCACCAAGGAGAAUGAAGACCUGGAUUGGAACUUACUGAAACCAGAUAUUUAUGCAACCAUAAUGGAUUUCUUUGCCUCUGGCUUACCUGUAGUUACUGACGAGGCACCUAGGACAGACACAGCUGCUUCAGAAGAAGAUGAUGAAGUUGUACUGAUGAUUAAGGAACUGCUGGAUACAAGAAUCAGGCCCACAGUGCAAGAGGAUGGUGGGGAUGUUAUUUACAAAGGUUUUGAAGAUGGGAUCGUGCAGCUGAAGCUGCAGGGGUCGUGCACCAGCUGCCCCAGCUCCAUCAUCACCCUCAAGAACGGGAUACAGAACAUGCUGCAGUUCUACAUCCCUGAGGUGGAAGGUGUUGAACAGGUUGUUGACGAUGAUGAUGACGUGGAAAAAGAAGCAAAUUCUACUUGAGCUUCGUCAUCUGUGGCCAAAUAACAUUUACCUCCUGGUGUAUGUAAACCAUCUCUGUGCUGAGGAGCAAACAAAUCUGCCUUGUCAGAAAAAUAGUUGUACUUACUGUGAGAAUGUACCAUCAGUCCAAGCAGUUCAGCCACUAAUUUAUUAAAUGCACUGUAUUACAAAAAAAUUAUUUUGCUCCACUUUAUGCUAUGUCUUUAGAAAGAAAUGGCGGGCUCAGAAAACGGUGAUGUGUUUAUGUAUUGUUUUUUCAUACAGAAACUUCAAUACUAAAAAAAGAGAAGGCAGAAGUGCCUUGGCUUUUUUGUGAAAUAGCAAAUUAAAUGUUUAUUCCCCCAACUUGUAGGACUGACAGGAGUCUCUGCCCUUACUCUGUAAAUGGGAGCUCCAGGAAUGUUAAUUUUAUCAAGUCUUGUUAAAAAGCUGCUGAUUCCUAUCAGAUUUUUGUGUGUGAAAGAUAA